AAGAGGACAUCGGGGAUCAGGGGAACUUCGGAGGGAGCCCGGUGGCGACAGAUGCACAGGUGCCAUGGACUCCGCUGGUGGGCCAAGCUUCCCUUCUGGGCUGCUCUCAGGGGGUGCUUCUCCUAGCGGUGAUGAAGGAUUCUUCCCCUUUGUGCUGGAGCGCCGAGACUCCUUCUUGGGAGGGGGCCCAGGGCCAGAGGAACCAGAGGACCUGGCCCUACAGCUUCAACAGAAGGAGAAGGACCUGCUGCUGGCUGCUGAACUUGGCAAGAUGCUUCUGGAACGCAAUGAGGAGCUUCGGAGGCAGCUAGAAACGCUGAACACUCAGCACUUGGAGCAUGAAGAAAGGCUGCAGCAGGAGAAUCAUGAACUCCGCCGUGGACUGGCAGCCCGGGGUGCUGAGUGGGAGGCCAGAGCUGUGGAGCUGGAGGGAGACGUGGAGGCCUUGCGGGCCCAGCUUGGGGAACAACGAUCAGAGCAGCAGGACAGUGGUCGAGAGCGGGCCAGGGCCCUCAGUGAGCUCAGCGAGCAAAACCUCAGACUCAGCCAGCAGCUGGCCCAGGCCUCGAGGACCGAGCAGGAACUGCAGCGGGAGUUGGACACCCUUCGGGGGCAGUGUCAGACUCAGGCCCUGGCAGGGGCCGAGCUCAGGGCUCGGCUGGAGAGUCUGCAGGCAGAGAACCAGAUGCUGCAGGACCGCAGGCACGACCUAGAGGCCCAGAUCCGAGGGCUCCGUGAAGAAGUGGACAAAGGCCAAAGCAGGCUACAGACCACCCAUGAAGAGCUGCUGCUACUCCGACGGGAGAGGAAAGAGCACAGGCUGGAGCUGGAACGCGCUCGCUUCGAGGCUGGAGAGGCGCUGAGCACGCUGCGGAGGCUGCAGCGUCGGGUCUCAGAGCUGGAGGAGGAGUCGCGACUCCAGGACGCCGAUGUGUCGGGCGCCUCCCUGCAGACCGAGCUUGCCCACAGCCUUGACGACGACAAAGACCAGCUUGUCAAUGAGUGUGAAGGCGCCCAGACCAUCUUGUCUCUGGAGACCCAAGAGGUGUCCAGUCCCCAGCCUUCAACCCAGGAAGAGAGCUUGGAGCCCCCCAAGAAGCGAGCAUCCCUGAGCCCAGCAGAGAAACUGGAGCAGAAGGAGGCAGAAGUAGCCAGGCUACAGGAUGAGAUCGUGCUGCACCGCACAGAGCUACAGACUCUACGGGAUGAGCUGAGACGACAGAAGGAGCUGAGGGCGCAGGACGAUCCCGAGGAAGCCCUGAGCUGUGCACUCUCUGACCGGGACGAAGCAGUGAACAAGGUCCUGAAGCUGUCGCUGGAGCUCAGUCGAGUCUCGCUAGAGCGCGACUCUUUGUCCCGGGAACUGCUGCGAGCCAUCCGCCAGAAGGUGGCGCUGACGCAGGAGCUCGAGGCUUGGCAGGACGACAUGCAGGUGGUGAUUGGACAGCAGCUGCGCUCCCAGCGCCAGAAGGAGCUCAGUGAGGCUGCAGCAGCUCGUCAACGCACCAAGACUGGCUUUUCACUGCGCCUGGGAUCCGGGCAGAGUGGAGGCUUUCUAAGCAACCUCUUCCGAAGGACAUGAGGGCUGGCGGCUUGCAGGCUACCUUUUCUCACCCUGGGGCUCACUUUCCUCUUAACAGCCAAGGGGUCCACAGGGCCUGAAUAACUUCCAAGAGAGGCCACUGUCUUCCUUGCCCCAAGAAGUGGACAGAGGCAAUUCGGGAGCAGGAGCCAGCUUUGGGGCAGGAACCCCAGGUCGGUGGUCGGGGCAGAGCUGUUUAUUUUUCAAAUCUACAUAGGUCUAUCUUUUCUAAGCACCAGGCUCCUGUUUUAUCCGUGGGACAGGGCUGGGGAUGGGUAUUUAUGUGUAAGGAUAGGUCAGAGCAAUAUAUAAAUCAUUAUACUUACUUGGUCUCCAUUCUUGGAUAGAAAGUGCAAACAAAAAAAAGCCUAAAACUUUAUUUUGACAGGAAAAUAAGGAAAAAAAAAAAAAGCUGAGUGUAGUGGUUCAUAGAUCUAAACCUCAGCACUUCAGCAACAGCCAGAAGGAAUGCUCAAAGUUUGAGACCAAGCUGAGUCACAAAGCGAGUUCUAGGCCAGCCUGGGCUAAAGUUUAAGACCCUAUCCCGAAACACAAACACCACUCUAGCCCUGAGAUGGGGGAUCACGAUGUCAGAAGGACAUGGAGAAAGCUCGGUAGCCCAGGUUGGUGAAGACAUCCACUCGACAGCUGUUACCUGAAGCAGUCAGGACCUAAAAGCCAAGAAGACAUGGCUGACCCACCCACUCCAUAGGCCCCUUGUGAUCCCACAUCUCUUCCAAGACCCACCUUGCACUCUGGGGCUGCUGGCUGCUGGUUGAGGCUUAGGCUGAGCAGCCCUGGGGAGGAACCAGGCACCUGGGCCUUAAGCUCCCCACUCAGCUGCCAGUGGUUGACACAACAGCCCUGGCCAGCAGACAGGAUCUGUGGGGGACAAAGAGGAGGUUCAGGGGUCAGGUCUAGACAGGGGCCCUGGGCAAGGUGACAGGAUCAAGAUGGACUCACCAGGUCCUGGUAGAAGGUGACAUGCUUCUGUGGUGCCCGAAUGGGAAAGACAGUGGUGGGCGUGGAAGACCUGAGGUGCCAGAGAGUGAGCGCUGGGCCCCCUCCACAGACCUAGGCAGAAAGGCAGCAGGCCCCAGUCACUGUGAGCCAUGGACUUAGUGAUCUCUCCAGCCCACACUCUGCCCAGCUCACCAUCCAGUCUGAGUCAGUAGCCAGACAUCCAAUCCAGCGCCCAUUGUGGGGCCUUGAGCACUCCUGGGAAGGAGAGAAGAGGUGAGGAGACUGGAGGAUGGAUCAGUGAGGGACAAGGAUGUGGGCCUCUCCUCACCUCAUGCUUAUAGACUUCAAUGGUCUGAACCUCUUUGGCUAUACGGAGAUCUGUGAGGAAACGAGACACCAGGACUCUGGAUGAACCACAAAGGCCCACUCUCACCUUCUCACCCUUUUUUGGUUGUUGUUAUUGUUGUUGUUUUUAAGACAGGGUUUCUCUGUUUAACAGCCCUGGCUGUCCUGGAACUCACUCUGUAGACCAGGCUGGCCUCAAACUCACAGAGAUCCAC